CCGUCCCGCGCGAAAAAACUUUCGCCGUGGCGCGCGCCGAGGUAAAAGCUCGCGCGGUCGAUCGUUUCGCGUCGCGCUCGCGCGAACCGAGCGGCGCGCGGUGAUACGACGCGGCGUCGCAAACCAAACGUUUAGAAUCUGUCCCAGCGAUGAUGAUGGUUCAAAGCGCGUCCACGCGCGUCCGAGCGCGCCCGAACGGCGUCGAUCGACACCGCGCGACGCGUCGGACGCGCGUCGUUCGCGCCGCGGACGCCGGCGCGGAUCGAGGGAUGACGCGGGACGCGCGCGCGACGCGGGAGGUGGUGAGUCAACUGGGCGCGCGGCGAGACGCGAGCGCGCUGGCGCCGCGAACCGCGCACGGCGCCACGGUGGCGUACGUGCGGCAGCCGAUCGAGGCGAAGAAUGUGGAAUUCAUGACGCCGAACUUCGCGGUGUACGCGCUGUGUGGAGUGGGGUGCUUGUUGGGAAGCGCGCUGAGCGCGGUGCUGCUGAGUUUGAUUCCGACGCUUCGAAGCGCGCGGCGAACGAUGGAUGAGAUUGCGUAUCUCGCGGCGAGCGUGCGCGAGGAGGUGCCAGAUACGCUCGCGGCGGUGCGUGUGAGUGGGUUGGAGCUCACGGACGUGAUGGAGGAGGUUGGGGAACUGACGGCGGACGUCGGAGGAGGUUUGCGAAGCGCCGGACGCGGCAUCACGGCGAGCGUGAACACGGCGCAGAUGGUCGGGCGGUACGCGGCGGCGGCGGUUCCUGAGGUUCGAAGACGAGCGACACCGAUCGUGGGAUCGGUAAAGACUGGAACGGUGCGCGUGUUGGAGGAGCGCGCAGACAUGGAACCGUACAGUGGACCCAUCAUAUCGAACACGGCGAAGUCGGCGAAGAAGGGUGUGACGGCGGCGCGAAACGCUUUGAAAUCUGCGGAUGUGGCUCGAAACGUUGGUCGAUUAUACAAGACGCUUCGCGCGCCGCCUGCGCGCCCAAAGGAUAUGCCAAAGUGA